CAAAUCUACAUCAAGUCAAAUUUGUGUGCUAUGAGAGCAGGUCUUGGAUCAUGUUCUCUCUGUUGCAUCAGUCGUCAGCAGUCAAGAUUGCACAUGGAUUAUUAACGAUUUUUUUUUAAUCCCGUGUCAUUUCGAUUAGGUUUGGAUAAGUGCCGCAAAAGUGUCAAUUUAUUGUUGAAAAAUGGUUUUAUCGUGUAGAUUUUAUAAAGAAAAGUACCCCGAGGUGGAGGAUGUUGUCAUGGUCAAUGUCCGUAGUAUAGCUGAAAUGGGUGCAUAUGUGCAUCUACUUGAAUACAAUAACAUAGAGGGUAUGAUUUUACUUUCUGAGUUAUCCAGGAGACGUAUUCGUUCUAUUAACAAAUUAAUUAGGGUAGGCAAAACAGAACCAGUUGUUGUCAUUCGUGUUGACAAAGAAAAAGGUUACAUUGAUUUAAGUAAACGAAGAGUAUCACCUGAAGACGUUGAAAAAUGUACAGAGAGAUAUGCAAAAGCAAAAGCAGUAAAUUCCAUUCUGAGACAUGUUGCUGAACUAUUACAUUAUGAAACUGAUGAACAGUUAGAAGAACUAUAUCAAAAGACAGCAUGGUAUUUUGAAGAAAAAUAUAAAAAACAGAAAGCUUCUGCUUAUGACUUCUUCAAACAAUCAGUAUUGGAUCCAUCUAUAUUAGCGGAAUGUGAUUUAGAUGAGAAAACAAAAGAAGUUUUAUUGAAUAAUAUCCAGAGGAAAUUAACUUCUCAAGCAGUAAAGAUAAGAGCAGAUGUUGAAGUUGCUUGUUAUGGUUAUGAAGGUAUAGAUGCUGUCAAAGCUGCUUUAAAAGCUGGUUUAGCACUUUCCACAGAAGAGCUUCCGAUUAAAAUCAAUCUUAUAGCGCCUCCAUUAUAUGUUAUGACUACAUCUACUCCAGAGAAAACUGAUGGUUUGCAGGCAUUAAAUGAUGCUAUUGAAGUUAUAAGAGAAAAAAUUACGUCAAUGGGAGGUCAUUUUGAUGUUCAAAUGGCCCCUAAAGUUGUAACAGCAACUGAUGAUGCUGAGUUGGCAAAACAAAUGGAAAGAGCUGAACUUGAAAAUGCUGAAGUUGCUGGUGAUGAUGAUGAGGAAGAAAAUGAAGGCAUGGGUAAUUUCAGUGGUGGAGAAGAAAAUAAUGAUGAAAAAAAAGAUGAAUCUGCGGAGGAAGAUUAAAUUUAUUAAUUUUAACA